CCCACUCCCCUGCCCGUCCCGCGUUGCCAUUUGUGCAGCGCAGCCAGCCCGGCAAGGAAGCCUCUCUGACCGUCGGGGCUCGGGAUUUCUCGAAGCCAUAAAAGGGAGGGAGAGGCCCCAAAAGGAGUGAGGAGGCCACCAACACUCCCGUCCAAGCAGCCGCAGAGCCCGCCUCUAGUACCGCAGAGGAAAGGAGGGGAAAGGAACCCGUUGCCCCCAAUGGCUUCCUCGCGCGCCGCCGCCGGCCCCUUCGCGCUCUGCAUUCUGCUGCUCGCGUCCCCGGCCGUCUCCGCCGCAUUCUUGUUCGACGACGGGAAGUCGGCGGCGAAGGGCAAGGGCAAGGCGGCGGUCGACGUGGAGUGGCGGCCGGCCACCGCGACGUGGUACGGCGACGCCGAGGGCGACGGCAGCACCGGGGGAGCGUGCGGGUACGGGACGCUGGUGGACGUGGUGCCGAUGAAGGCGCGGGUGGGGUCGGUGAGCCCGGUGCUGUUCAAGGGUGGCGAGGGGUGCGGCGCCUGCUACAAGGUCCGGUGCCUCGACCACGGCAUCUGCUCGCGCCGCGCCGUCACCGUCAUCGUCACCGACGAGUGCCCCGGCGGCGGCCCCUGCGGCGGCGGCAACACGCACUUCGACCUCAGCGGCGCCGCCUUCAGCAGGAUGGCCGUCGCCGGCGCCGGGGCGCACCUGCGCGACCGUGGGCAGCUCAAGGUGAUCUACCGAAGGACGGCGUGCAAGUACGGCGGGAAGAACAUCGCCUUCCAUGUGAACGAGGGGUCGACGAGCUUCUGGCUCUCGCUGCUCGUCGAGUUCGAGGACGGCGAGGGCGACAUUGGCUCCAUGCAGCUGAAGCAGGCGAACUCGGCGAAGUGGCUGGACAUGAAGCACGUGUGGGGUGCCACGUGGUGCCUCUACGGCGGGCCCACGGCGGGACCCUUCUCCGUGAGGCUGACGACGCUGUCCGCCCCCAAGACGCUCACGGCCCGCGACGUCAUCCCCAGGAACUGGACACCCAAGGGCACCUACUCCUCCCGCCUCAACUUCGACGCCUCGCUCUGAUGGCGGAAGGGCCGGGCCACGUUUUAUCGGCCUGGGAUGGAGCGAAGGCAGGCCCACAUGGCGUUCUCUUUGGAAUUGGACGUACGUAGAUUGUGUUUUGUUGCAGCUUAAUCGGUCUGUUGAUCGCCUAGUCGUAAGCUAGUGUGGUGUGGCGUGAGUAGUUUCGGAUGAGGAGGUGAGUGAUCUGGGUGCGGAGCAGCCGUCCUCUCCAAAAGGGAGAGAGAGCGUAUGCUGCUGGGAAUCCGAUGCGGAAGCCGACUGGGAGGGUUUUGGACCCCUCUGGGUCGCCGCUUCACUCCUGCUGUCGUGUGCUGUUUUUAUCUUUUCUUGUCUGUUUUGUUUGCGUGUUUGUUUGCCCUGGUUGGUUGAAUUGAAGGGCUCGUGACAAAUGUGUUUAGUUACUUCGAAUGGCGGGCUUGUACCGAGGUCAGGAUUCCUGCUUGUUCGCAUUUCCCUCUUCUUAUUAUGGACAUGUGUGUUCGUUUGGAGUACUCAGAGAAGACACCCUUCGUGUGAAUGUUAUUUCUUGUUUUCAAGUACACACCACGAAAAGGUGCACCAGUAGGCGUCAAGCAGUUUUUUUUGCGAAAAACUUCUGAUAUAUUCAUCUUUAAUCAUAGCAGUACAACGAACACCAGAAAUAACAAAAAUUAUAUCCAGAUCCGUAGACCACCUAGCGACAACUACAAGCACUGAAGCGAGCCGAAGGUGUGCCGCCGUCAUUGCCCCUCCCUCGCCAGAGUCGGGCAAAACUUGUUGUAGUAGACAGUCGGGAAGUCGUCGUGUUAAGGCCCCAUAGGACCAAUGCGAUAGAACAGCAACCGCUGCCGAUAAAGAGUAACGUAGAUCGGAAGGAUCCAACCUGAAAACACAUGAAUGUAGACGAACUACGACCAGAUCCAAGCAAAUCCACAAAAGAUAGAUCCGCCGGAGACACACCUCCACACUAGGCGGAGAGAAACUUAUUCCAUCUUCAGGGAGCCGCCGUCGUCUCGUCUUUCCGAGUAGGACACAAACCCUAACAAAACACGAAGAAACAACUGAAAACAGAGCCCUCCCGCCGGCAUGGGUCGAGAGCCCGAGAUCCACCGCGCCGCCAUGGCCUUAAGGCCACCGGAAACGAGGCGGGCCAACGGCGGCGCCGGUGGGAGGCAAGGGACCCUAGACUUUUCUUGGGAAGGAGGUUGUAUUAUUAUAAUCAAUCAUGAGCCAAGGUUAGUAGGUGUCAAGCAGCUGAUACGACGCUUUUGGCGAACAACACAGUGCCAAUACCACGACUACAACGAUAAAACAACUUGCGUAGUUGAACCUCAAGCCACAAAUGGCGAGAAGGCAACACUCGGAGAUCAAGGACUGCGUGACAACAAACAACGUACACGAAGACAGUACUAUCCUGACUUCAGCUGAAGCUGGGUCAAUGCACCCUCCGCCCAUAGUGCAGCAACGGUCGAUUGAAAUUGAGAGAAUAAGCUAAAUAAUUUUAAAGAGAAUAAGCUAAAUAAUUUUAACUUUACUAAAGGAAUCAGCAAGUGAACAACAGGAACCAACCGGACUCAAAGAAGAUGCCAUCCAAGAGGUUCUGAUGAUGGCGUACGUUGCGCCCCGAGAGCCCAUGCCCACAAUAGUAACCAUCACCGAAUGACAAAUUGCCCAAAACCCCGCCGAAGAGUUGACGACGCGCUACCACCUCCAAUAUCAAUUUUCAUAGGCUCGUUGAGCACCCAUGCAACACCUUCAAAGAAGGGACAACCCUGGGGGGGGGGCGUUGUUGCUUGGCCAGAGAGCUGACCUAAGGUUUUGACCGGUACCCGAGCAGAGCAUGGACAUGGGCAAAAUGACGUCUCCAAGGAGGAUACAACACCCACAAGCAUCAUCGUCGUCUACAACAGUUGCCGCUUUGAAAGGAUUUCUCUAGGCCUAGUGUGUAACCUAGCAAAUCGCCAGAGCAGUGCCAUCUGGAGGCGAGCGAGGAAGCCGUCGGAUUGGCACCUGCUGCGUGGAGGAGAGUCGCCCUUCGUAGUCGGAGAUGAGGGAGACGCUGAUAGCCAUGGCCACUGCCGCUGUGCUGGCCCGCAGCUUUGCCGCUAGGACCGGCCACAACUAGUUGGGUGGCCACCGUGCUACCGCCAGUCACCAACUCACGUGCCGCGCUAGGUUUGGAGCCUGUCACAUCGGAUCCACCUGCCAUUGACUACCCACCAAUGUGGGGAUCUAUUGUAGACCUCUUCGAUAAGUAAGAGUAUCGAACCCAAUGAGAAGCGGAAAGAUUUGGUUGAUGAAAAUGACCAACUUGUUUAUCAGACUUAGUAUCAGUGUUCAUCAGUGCUUAUGAUGUGUGUGCUUUGCUCACGUGGUGUGUGCGUGCGUGCGUGGCUGCAGGCGGACUCGGCGAAAUGGCUGGACAUGAAGCACGUGUGGGGCGCCACGUGGUGCCUGUACGGGGGCCCCACGGCGGGGCCCUUCUCCGUGAGGCUGACGACGCUGUCCGCCCCCAAGACGCUCACGGCCCGCGACGUCAUCCCCAGGAACUGGGCGCCCAAGGGCACCUACUCCUCCCGCCUCAACUUCGAGGCCUCGCUCUGAUGUCCGAUCUUUCACCAUGGCGGAGGGGCCGGGCCACGUUUUAUCGGCCCGGGAUGGAGCGAAGGCAGGCCCACAUGGCGUUCACUUUGGAAUUGGACGUACGUAGAUUGUGUUUUGUUGCAGCUUAAUCGGUCCGUUGAUCGCCUAGUCGUAAGCUAGUGGUGUGGCGUGAGUAGUUUUGGAUGAGGAGGUGAGUGAUCUGGGUGCGGAGCAGCCGUCCUCUCCAAAAUGGAGAGAGAGCGUAUGCUGCUGGGAAUCCGAUGCGGAAGCCGACUGGGAGGGUUUUGGACCCCUCUGGGUCGCCGCUUCACUCCUGCUGUCGUGUGCUGUUUUUAUCUUUUCUUGUCUGUUUUGUUUGCGUGUUUGUUUGCCCUGGUUGGUUGAAUUGAAGGGCUCGUGACAAAUGUGUUUCGUUUCUUCGAA